AUGAGCUGCACCACCGCCGGAGCCUUCGGCGGGGGAACUGCGCUGCGGCGGGAGGUGCCCGCGCCGUGCGUCCGGGAGAAGCGCGGGCAGGGGAACGGCGCCGCCACUGGAGCCGCCGGGAGACGCGGGAGCUGCCGCUGGCAGCGUGAGCGGCGGAGAUUCCGCUGCGCCGGGAGGACCAGCCUGGCCCGCCGGGCUCCCAGGAAACCGGGCCCGCCCUCGACCGCCCAUUGGCUCGUCUGCCGAAGCCUGACUUCUCAUUGGUCGAUCUCUGAUGUCACUAAGUAUCCAACCGUCCCUCUUUUCCGAGAGGCGGGGGAGACACCUGUUCAGUGA